AUGGAAGAUUUAUUGGAGCUCGGUCGAGUCACUCGACGAUCAACAGGGCUACAAGUGAUACAGGACUGGAUUUAUGCAUGGACUCUGCCCCAACACCUUUCGCAGUCACGGUUCGGAGGCAGAAGAAAGCCAUCAAGCGCCUGUACAAUUAUUGCACUGGCCAUGGCCAGAGUGUACCAUAGGUCAGGAAUGCGACUGCCUGAAAUGCCGCUGUCGCGAGGGUAUACUAAUAAAAAGGGGCUCAUCAUUCCAGUGUCACUAUUGGCUUUACUAACUAACUCAAUCGUAGAUGGGAAUGCGGUUCACGCCCGCGAAAUGGCGAAGCGUCAAAGCAGUAUCAAGAGUUCGUGCUUGCCUGCUUUCGACACGUUCACCAUACCGCAAGGAAUAGAGGCUCUUGGCCGUGUAAUUCAUGAGAUCGACUACAGAAGCGUUCGUGGAGCUGUGAUUGCGAUUUCUCAUGUAGCCAAUUUGCGCCAAUUUGCAUCGUUCAUUUGUCAAAACCUAUUCCCUGAGCUUUAUAAGAUGCAACCAGAACAAAUGCUUUUCGAAAUUUCCUGUAUUCAAUACUGCGGACCUGAGAAAAGCAACGAAUCGGAGGAAAGUACUGUCAAAGCCCAUGUUUUUCCGCGACCCAUAAGGCUUUGUUCUGGUGAAGAGAAAUCGAUAAAUCCAUCGUCAAGCAUGGAUUCGGAAAGGAUACCGGGAGCAAAGGAAGAUAAAGGAAAGAGAAGAAAGAACGAGGGCUGA